GCCAAUGUUCUUUUGUGCCUGUCAAGGAAGAAGAACUGCGGCGAGUUUAAGAGCCGACAGAACAGCAGGUCGACGGCAUUAGCACAGUCAAGAUGGUUACCCUGGAUGUUAAGACGCUUACGGUACCUGUGGGUAUUUUGAGGAUACUGGCAGUCGUUUUCACGUGCGUCACUUUCAGCUUGGUUGCAUCUGUGGGUCAUAUYGGGWWCUCAUUUUGGGCAUGGUGCAUGUUCUCUUGGUGCUUCUGCUUCUCGGUCACCCUCAUCAUUCUGGUCCUGGAGUUCACCAGCCUCAGCUCGAAGCUGCCCAUCUCCUGGGAUGAUUUUACCACCGCCUUUGCCAUGUUGGCCACYCUAAUGGUGCUCGCAGCGUCCAUCCUCUACUCCAUCUUCUUCACUUGUAGUACUUGUGGUAAACAGAUUGCAGCCUGCGUUUUGUCUUUUCUGACCUUCAUCCUCUACGCUGUCGAGGUUGGACUGACUCGGGCCAAGCCUGGUGAAAUCAGUGGGUUCCUCUCCACUGUGCCGGGCCUGCUCAAAGUUCUGGAGGCCUUCGUGGCCUGCAUCAUCUUCAUCUGUGUGGACCUUUUGCUGUACGACUUGCUUCCAGGUCUCCAGUGGUGUGUUGCCGUCUAUUCCAUUUGUUUCAUYAUUUCCUUCCUCAUCAUUAUUUUAACUAUCGGCCGCCUGUUGUCCCGUUUCCCUGCACCUUUUAACAAAGUUCUGAUAGUCUGCAAUGUGCUGGCCGUGCUAAUGUACAUCACAGCUGCUGUCAUCUGGCCUUUCUACAUMUUUSAKWUAUAUCCYARACCAWKMUMCUGCMCURWGSUSUGUSKGUGGAGUUUGGCURUUGUUAUAACUUUAAUGACCUAUUUCAAUCUGAUUGCUUAUAUUGUUGACACAGUAUAUUCUUUCAGGUUGGUUUUCUUCACCACUCCAGCAUAAGCACAUAGUUGCAUUGAUCUGAAUAAGAAAAUGUUGCUCCUGCUGGAAUUUUGCUUUUGUCAAAACGUUAACAUGUAUUCAACAGCAUAAUCACAGUGUGAUGUCUUUGCAUUUUACACGCCUACCUGCUGAUUUCCAUUGUAUUUAAAAACAUAGUUAUAUUAUGAAUUAUGUGUCCAGUUAACUACACUUUCGGAUCCAUCUGUAACAUUCAGAUAAAAUCAUGUUUUGCAGGCUUUCUUCAAAAGGGCUGCAGCUGGUGCAUGUUGGUUUAGGUACAUAUUUCAAUCUUGUCCGAAUAAGUAAAGCUUCAAACAAUGUCGUUCCCAUAAUAGGAUCCCAGCCCAUAAUACAUUAUGUUUGCAAAGGUGUGUCAAAAUGCAAACAAACUAAAAUGCAUAGCAACUUUUGGUUUUGAAUUUACGUGUCCAAAGUAAUGUUUUACUAGUGGUAAAAUAAAAGACUGAUUAGGGAAGCACUAAAAACACUGAGGAUACACUGAUUCUUGCUUUCAGAUUUAAAUAUCAUUAAGGGGUCCUAUUAUGUAAAAUUUACUUUUUGCGCAUUUUUGUACCUCCAUUUGGGUCUCUACUGCUUCUAGAAACAUUCAGCUGACUUCUUUAAAAAGGACUGGAAACAUAUUUGUUCACUCCAGAAUUCAAUCAAAGAAUCACACGAAUCACAUAAACUGUUCGCUUGAAGCAUUGUUCUUUCAUAGCAUAAUAUUUUUAAAAUACUUCUAAAAAAUUUAUUGUAAAAUGUGCUUAUUUGUUUACAAGAUUUUUAUGUGCAUGAUGUACUGAGGUCUCUUUUUAAGUAAAGCUUAAAGAUUUUACUUCAAAUUUGAAUUCCUGUAAGCAUUUUGAACUGCCCCUGUGUGUUAAUGGUGCUGUACAAAUAAACUUAAGGUUUUAAGCUACAUGGUGGUUAAAACUGAGCAAAAACAUGUAGGUCACAUGACCACUACUGUUUUUAUUAUAACUUGUAGCACUAUCUCAUCUACCAACCAAACACACUUUGUAUUUUUUUAAUAAAGCAGUUCAUGCAUAAUUUUAUAAAUGUACUCUA